AAAAUGCAAUUUCCUCCCUCAAAUUAGAGGAAAUAAAUCAAAAUAUUAAUUACAAAUUUGUAGAUUUGACGAGACAUUGAAUCGCAAGACAAUGAGCAGCAGUAUGGGUGACAUUUCUGAGGUUGGUGCUAUGGAGAUGACACCGAGAACAAGUGUUGACCAGACGACAGUGGAAAUUGCAGAGGUGAAAGUUGAGAUAACACCUCCGGUCAUGCCUGAAUUGCCCUCGGCGACAAUGUCUACCUCAACAUCUCUCGAAUCCUCAACAAGUGGCUUUAAUUUGAACAUCAACAUACCCGACUACCCCCCAAAAUCCACAAGUGUCAGCCCAAAUCAGCGAAAAAUGUCAGAAUUCGGUCAGGAUGGACUUCUCAAUCCUUCAGCAUUCAAUCGCCUUAGCACAUCGGCGGCCUCUUCGCAUCGUUUCUUCAAGAAACUCGAAGAAAUGAUGGACCUGAGUUCACCGUACAAUCACUACAGAUGCCUCAGUCCUAGUGAAAGUAAUCUACUUCAGUGCUCAGGUGAUCUGAAGACGUCUUUUGGGAAAUUUCACGAAUCCAGUAAACCCAGUUCCAGUAGACUUCUGCGCAGGCAAUUCAGCCUAGAUAAAGAGGAUGUAAGUGGACAAGGCGGGGGGAAUCGUGAGGGAGCAAAGCACAGCAUUGACGGGGGGGAUUGCAGAACACAAAUAGGUGGGCAACUGACAAAGACAGUCUUUCCACGAAUUCACAAACAAAACUCCAAUAGCUUAGCACAAGAUUUGGAAAAGAUUGAGGAGAUUCCCAUGUCACCGGCAGUAGCGGCAGAUAAUCACAGGACGGAUCGGACCAAUUCACCAAAUUCUGCUGAAACAUCCGAAACACGAACGGAUAAUGAGAAAAUUGUAGGUGGAAAUGGACGCUGUGAAAUUAAUCUUAAUGUAGAGAGUCUUCUUCUGAGGUAGGAAACCGCCUAAAUGGUGUGGGUGUGGUGGUCGUGUGGAAGGAUGCCAAUUUAUAUCAUUUUUCGCUUUCUCAAUUGUAACUGGAUGAUUUUGCUAAAAGUGAAAUAUUUCAUCGGUAUUAAGCUCUCUGUGGCUCUGUUGGAAAUUUAUUGACUGCUCUUUUACAAUUUUAUCAACUUCUAUAGCUUCUGCGGAUUAUCACAGACUCUUUAAAAUUAUGAUUAAUAUGUUUCUUUCAUUUUUUUAAAAUUAUAAUUGACUAAAAAUAGUUUUCAUUUUUUUUAAAUAAUAAUUAAUUAUUUAUAAUUAUUUUCUACUUUUUGCUUAAAUUGUAAAACAUUUGAAGGAAGUAUACGUUGCUGUCAUUUACCCAAAGAACGUAAUUAAUUGCAUUUCUAAUGCAAGAAGACUCAUCAUGUCCACCGAUUGAUUUACGUAAGAAACUCGAAUAAACCUUUUAUUAAGACCAUAAUGAAGUAGGAAAUUUUUAUGUUUCAGAAUAAAGGAAAAUAUAGAUCAUUGUAGAAGAAAUUGUGUAUAUAACAAUAAAAUAUUUAAAAAAUAAAUAAAUAUUACAAUGUUUUUAGUAAGAUUUCUAUUUAAAAAUUUUCAAAAGACUCCCCCAAUUUAGCAUAGUUUGUGACAUCACACAAUUUAUACGUGAAAAAGAAACAUUAUUUUAGCUUUUUAUAUGUAUAUACAAGAAAAUAUAUCGAAAGACAAUCGCGUCAUCAUCCUUAUUUACCGUGAAAACUAUGUUGUUAGUCAUUCAAAUAUUUAUGUAAGAUAAAAGUCCAACAUUGUACGUAUAUUACUGACGUUAGAUUCUGCAUAAAUUAGGCAAGAGAAAAAUGUUGUAGAAGAGUAUGAAACCCUUAAAAUUAAGUAUUGAAUUUUGCAAAAGAAAAAAAGAAUGUAGUUAAUGUUGAAACUCCAUUAUAUCGAUCAAUAAUGAAGUCAUAUUGAUUUAUCCAUCGGUGUUUUUCAAAGUGAAAACAUUAGUGCUGAAAGCAUUAAAUAUAAUCGGGGGGUUAAUUCUGUUAAUCUGCAUAGAGUGGAAAAAAUGUAAAUUAAGCAAAGUGUUUCUUCCAUCACUAAUCGAAACUGUUGCCAGAGAUAGCAACCUCUAAACUAUCAUCAUCAAAAUAAGCAGCAGACAUGGUGUAUUCUAGCGUUAUAUCAUGUAGUUGGGAGUUCAGUUGAUAGAUGGGAAAGUAAGUAUAUAGGUAUAUUUUAAAAGAGAUUUCGUAUAUUUAAAUUUUUCUAUAUUAAAUAAAUGUAAAUAAUUUAUCGUAAAAAAAUAUCUCAAAUAUAUUGUGUAUAUUUUAUAACAAACACACAAAAAAAUGUGGGAAAUGGAAAAGAAAGAUUUAUAUGGUAAUGUUGAUUUUCGAAAAUUAUAUACCUAAAUAUAUAACUUAAAUCCUAUGGAUCAUUUGAUAAAACGAUUGUGUGUUGAUUGUAUUGAGAGGUUUAAAAAAAAUUAGUAUAUAUGGUGUGUAAAUUAUAUGAUUGACGACAAGCAUUUUCCCACUGCCUAUGCAGAAUUUUGUCUGUUGUUAGAGAUUAUCAUAAAAAAAGAAUAAUAUAUGUGUGUAUACAAACUGAUUAGAAAAUUAAAUUUUAAUGAACUUUACCUACCAAAAAGAAAAAUAUUUGGAAGAAAAGUUCAACAAAACUGUUCUAAAAUUUCAACUACAGCAGUUACAUUGUAUCAACAUCUAAAAAAAAAGUAAAACAAAAAAAGUAAAAAAUGUUUAGAAAGUUCUCUCGUGUAAUUGUAUCCUUGGUAGAGAUAAUACAGAACAAAAAUAAUUUAUCCUUUCUAUCGUAUGAGAACUUAUAAAAUUCGAAUUUAACGGCCUAAAUGUAGUCCAAAAACAAACACAAGAAAUCUUUCAAAAUGUGCCAUGUGAAAAAAAAAAACUCUUUUCGUUUAGAUUUCUAUAUAUCAAUGAGUUGAUUUGUGAUUAAUUUAAAAUUACAACUAUUGUCAACUUUGGAAAGAAAUAAAUCCUAGAAAUUGA